GGGAAAAGUCCCGGGAUCCGAGCCUUUCCACGGGGCUAAAACUGCUCCUAUCCCCGCUCCCAUGUCCUCCCGUGUCCCGCUGCAGGGGCCCACGACACUUUUAACAACUUUUAUCAACAUUUUAACCCAUUUCAUGUCGGAUUUAAGACAUUUUAACGGAAUUUAGGCACAAAUCUGGAUAUACUUAACUUUUUUUUUCCACCAAUGCGACACGACUCUUCCUACAAACUCUGUUAAACGGCAGAUUUCUGGCUUCCACGCACGUUUGACCCAACUAAGGUGCGUCUGACCCCGCCUACUGCUCCUGUCCUCUGUGUCCUUAGACCUGGGUCAGUCCUCAGAUGGACCUGUCCACAGACCCGCUGUAGUCUGGACUCAGGACCAGGCUGUUGUCUGGUUUCCGGGGUCUAAAUUCUUUGGCCUUGGAUCAGAUCUCUGGUCUAGUCUAAGUCUGAUUUUGGGUCUAGUCCUGGUUUAGUCCCAGUCUAGUCCAGGUCUGGAGGAGGACCAUGGGGAAGGAGCAGGACCUCCUCCAGGCCGUGAAGAAUGGAGACCUGAGCCAGACCCAGAAGCUGCUGUCCAAACUCAAAGCCAACAGGAGCAAGCUGCUCGGAUCAACCAAACGCCUGAACGUGAACUACCAGGACUCAGACGGGUUCUCUGCUCUCCAUCAUGCUGCUCUCUGUGGAUCCUCUGAGCUUCUUUCUGCUCUGCUCGACGCCCAGGCCUCAGUCGACAUCAAGGACAGCAACGGCAUGCGUCCUCUGCACUACGCGGCGUGGAGGGGCGGGGCUGACUCUGUGCUGCUGCUGCUCAGGGGCGGCGCUUCUGUGAAUGGGACAUCACAGGACGGACACACACCCCUGCACCUGUCCGCCCAGUACGGACACUUCCAGGUGUCUGAGAUGUUGCUGCAGCACCAGUCAAACCCAUGUCUCCUGAACAAAGCCAAAAAGACUCCUCUGGACCUGGCCUGUGAGUUUGGACGCUUCCAGGUGGCUCAGCUCCUGCUCAGUAGUAACAUGGCUGCCGGGCUGUUGGAGGGCGAGAGGAAGGAGCCGUCAGACUCGUCCUUCACGACUCCUCUGCAUCUGGCUGCGCGCAAUGGACACAAAGACGUCAUUAGACUGCUGUUAAAGUCGGGCAUCGACAUAAACAAAACUACCAAAUCAGGUACAGCUCUGCAUGAGGCUGCCCUCUAUGGGAAGACCGAGGUGGUGCGACUGCUGCUGGAUGCCGGAGUCGACGUGAACAUCAGAAACACAUACAACCAAACGGCUCUGGACAUUGUCAACCAGUUCACCACCUCCACAGCCAGCAGAGACAUCAAGCAACUGCUCCGAGAUGCCACUGGGGUGCUGCAGGUCAGAGCGCUGAAGGAUUAUUGGAACGUCCACGACCCCACGGCCCUGAACAUCCGAGCGGGCGACAUCAUCACGGUGAUGGAGCAGCAUGCCGACGGCCGGUGGAAGGGUCACAUUCACGACUCUCAGAGAGGAACCGACCGAGUGGGAUUCUUCCCCCCGAGUAUCGUUGAAGUACUGAGCCGACGCCUUGGGGGCGCUCUCUGUAGACACGCCUCUCUGCCCACUGCCCACCGCCUGCCCCGCCCCCUGGAUCUGCCCCGCCCCCUGGACCUGCCCCGUCCCCUCGUCACGCCGCUCCUCUCUCAGACGGACGACGGCUACACACUGUACGCCCACUUCACUAACACAGCGGGAGACCGCAGCAGUGUGGGCAGCACUGCGAGCGUGGCGAGCACACGCAGCGCCGGCAGCGGACAAAGCACAGAGAGCAACAGCGCUACCAACGGGUCCACACAGAACUGCAGCCACACGCACCAUGAUAAGUUGACACCAUCUAGUGGAGACUUCAAACAGCAUGACUCCCCCACAGGGGGCGCUCCUCGGCGGCACACAGUCACAGUUCAGUCCAGAGCAGAGCCAGUCACGCAGCAGUUUGUGAGACCUCAGCAGCUCCUAGACGGAAAGGAUGCGGAGGCCAUCUUGCAGUGGCUGAGUGAGUUCCAGCUGGAGCAGUACACGCCAAACUUCUUGAACAACGGAUACGACGUUCCGACCAUCAGCCGCAUGACGCCCGAGGACCUGACAGCGAUCGGAGUAACCAAACCUGGACACCGCAAGAAGAUCGCCAUGGAGAUUACUAACCUCAGCAUCCCCGAGUGGCUCCCGGACUACAUCCCUACAGACCUGGGUGCCUGGCUCAGUACCAUCGGGUUACUGCAGUACCAGAGGAGACUGUGUGAAAACGGCUAUGACUCUAUGGAGAUUGUCAGAGACCUGAGCUGGGAGGACCUGCAGGAGAUCGGCAUCACCAAACUGGGUCACCAGAAGAAGCUGAUGUUGGCUGUGCGUCGUGUGUGUGAGCUGCACAGAGCUGCGGAGCAAGAGGAGGGGCCCCUGAGGAGACGAGCCCCGGGGCCCCCGAGCCCCAGGAACCCCAGCCUCCAGGACAGUGACCUGAGCGCGGAGUUACAGUGCGCCCCCUGUGGGCCAGACCAGUCCCUGAGCCUGUCCCAGAGCGAGGAGAGUCUGAGUGCACGCUCCCGAGGCUCCGGGCGGUCACAGGACACACCUCUGGACACGCCCCUUGACCCUCUUGAGUCCAGAGACCAGUCCCGCCCCAAACAGGUCCCCCAAGGAACUGCCACGGUCUUCAAGUACCCACCCAUCCCCGCCAAACCCUCGCAUUAUGGCCCUGCCUCAUCCCCCCGUGGCCCCUCCUCUUCCCCCCGUGGGCCCUCCCUCCUGAAGCAGCCGCACGUGUCCCGGGGCUCUCUGUCCGAUGGCGAGCAGGGCGAGGAUGAGGAAGAGGCAGUUCUUCCUCCAUCCUACGCCACAUUGAGCCGGCGGCGCUCGCAGAGGGGUGCCCCCGGUGGCUCUGAGGGGGAACGUGUGGGGCGGAGCCAGUCCUUUGCUGUCAGAGCACGGAGGAAAGGCCCACCCCCUCCCCCUCCUAAACGCCUCAGCUCCGUCAGCUCACCAAGUGACGAGCACAGCGACAGCAGCGUGUCCGAUAGCCCCGGGCGAGUCCGGACCCUUGCAAAGGCCCUUGAAGGGCCUGCAGCAGAGACCAGCCACCAGGAGGGUGUUGUGGUGCGAAGGCGGGUCCAGAGGUUGGACUCAGAUUCGGAGGAGCCGCGAGCUUUGGGCGGAGCCUCUCAGAGCAGCUCCAGUGAGUGCAUCCCAUUCGCCGAAGAGGGGAAUCUAACCAUCAAGCAGAGACCCAAAGCCCCUCCCCCACCCCGAGCUGAAGAGGUCCUGCAACUGAGCCAGAACCAGGACAAGACCAGAGACCAGACCAGAGACCAGACCAGAGACCAGACCAGGGACCAGAACAGGGACCAGAACAGGGACCAGAACAGGGACCAGACCAAGGACCAGACCAGAGACCAGACUUUGGAGUUUAACCUGAAAGAGUCAGACACAGUGAAGCGAAGACACAAACCCAAAGACCAGGGUGAGGGGUCUCCCAGUCGUGGCUCCCAGGAGCAGGGGCCUGACAGCACCACGUCCAGUCAGGAGGAGCUCAGGGCCUUUCCUCUAAAGCCUGCCCAGGAUCGAGCCCCCUCCCCUGGGUCCCCUCUCCGGCCAGAGCCCCCCUUCCGACCUGGAUCUCCACUGAGAGCAGGAUCUCCUCUCAGACUGACCCAGGACCGAGCCCCUUCCCCUGGGUCUCCUCUCAGACUGACCCAUGAACGAGCCCCUUCCCCUAGGUCUCCUCUCAGACUGACCCAGGACCGAGCCCCUUCCCCAGGGUCUCCUCUCAGACUGACCCAGGACCGAGCCCCUUCCCCUGGGUCUCCUCUCAGACUGACCCAGGACCGAGCCCCUUCCCCUGGGUCUCCUCUGAGACUGACCCAGGACCGAGCACCCUUCCCUGGGUCUCCUCUCAGGCCAGAGCCCCUUUUCAGACCUGGUUCUCCCGUUUCUUCUCCGGGUUCUCUGCACAGACCUCCUCUCUCUCCCAAACCUGUGGUGGCUCCUAAACCAGUGCGCCAGAGUCUGCUGAACCACGGUUCUGGUCGGUCGUCUCCUGGCGUCUCCGUCUCUGUGGUCCAGAGUGUGGCCUUCUCCUCCCCCUCCUCCCCACGCAGCCUAAGCCCCGCCUUCAGUCCUUCCCACUCCCUAAGCCCCGCCCUCAGCCCCGCCCGCUCGCCCUCCCGUAGUCACAUGAUCUCUCCCGGGUCACAUGAUUCAGAAGUGCAGCUGCGAUUGGAUCAGACCAGUGUGAGUCUGGAGGCGGCUCUACAUGACGUGGAGCGCAGCCUGGAGCACGGCACCGCCAGCUCCAUCGGCUCCGUCAAAUCUGCAGGGACCAUUCUGGACGACAUCGGGACCAUGUUUGACGACCUCGCCGAUCAGCUGGACGCCAUGUUGGAAUGACCUCCCACAAACACAAGAGACACUGACAUCACUCUUUGAACAGUUUUACAGUAAAGGACUGAGCCGAUUGAAGAACCUAGUUACAAAAACACAAACUUCACUGAAGAAAGAGCAUAAACAAGCUCAGUGAUCUCACAGAAAGCCGCCAUGUUGGAAUGACCCUUCAGAUCCUAAAAAUCUGCACUAAAAACUGAUGCAAAGCAAAGAGAUGAGAGAGCGCUGUUACAAAGGGACCUGCCGCACCACGUUAGAGUGACCUUUACUGACCCCGAGAGAUGCUGGAUCCAGAUGAAAUCUACUAAGAGACGCCAUGUUGGAAUGAUCUUUGAAAUUAUAGUAUGAAGUAUAGACUUUAAAUACAGAAUAACUGACUCAAAACAAGCAUCCUCUGCUCCUCCAACCCUCUUCUCCUCUGCUCCUCUCCUCUGCUCUUCUGACCCUCUCCUUUGCUCCUCUCGUCUGCUCCUGUGACCCUCUCCUCUGCUUCUCUGCUCUCCACCUCUCCUUCUCGUCUUCUCUGACACUCUCCUCUUUUCCAAAUGUAUUUUCUGUGUAAAAAGUACUUUAUAUUUGAUGUCAAAUUCCAUAAUUCCUGAAAUGUAUGAAGUUUAUUUUUGUUGACUUUUAUACUUAAUAUUUUAUUGAGAAUUCUGAUCCGUCCAAAUGACUUAAAAAUAUAUGUUUUAUUUUAUUCUCUGAUUAAGAGUAAUGUGAGAGAUGUUCAUCAAAACGCACACUCCUGAUUCAGAAGAGCAAGAACUGAACCAGGACUAAACCAGGACUAAACCAGGACUAAACCAGGACUAAACCAGGACUAAACCAGGACUAAACCUGAACUAACCUAGGACUGGACCACGACUGAACCAGGACUAAUACAGAACUGGACCAGGACUGAACUGGGAGUAUUAUGACCACUGUUCCUUUAAGCAUGUUCAGGUCAUUCCUUUAUAUUUUGAAUUAUGACUGAAACAAAACCACAUUCAUAUAAAAGUAUGUGUUUAUUUGGUGUAUUUUCAUGUAUUUAAAAGUAUUUUAAUCUUGUAUUCUCCAUAAAGCUCUUUGUACUUUUA